AUGUUCUGCUCCAGGAGAGUCCUGCAGCAGUGGUGCUUCGCUCUCUUCUUGCUCUGCUCUCCGGUGCCACACUACGGUCGGCCCAUCGAUGCCCUGAGCAACAGAAUAAAGCGCUCUGUGACUCAUGCUCAGCUGAUGCACGAUAAAGGCCGGACGCUGCAGGAUUUUAAGCGUCGCAUGUGGCUGCAGGAGCUUUUGGACGAAGUCCACACGGCAGAGAUCCGUGAACUCCCCGUCCGGACUGUCGCCGGAGGGGGAAGCAGCAGCGGCGCUGGCGUCGGGCUGCCGGGCGCCGGCCUGGGAAUCAACCUGAGCACCACCGGCAGCACCCUGCACUCCAAACCUCCCGGAGGAACCAAAAACCUCCCCAUCAGCUUCCGGCUGGAGGAGGAGGAGGGCACCAACCUGCCGCAGGAGACCAACAAGUCCCAGACGUACAAAGACGGCGUUCUCAAGGCACCCGGCAAGAAGAAGAAGAAAGGAAGGUCUGGGAAAAGGAGGGAAGGAGAGAAGAGGAAGAGACGAGCGCGCUCGUUGGGCUGGAGGCUGGAAGAAGAGCCUGGGAGCGGACUCCACCUGGAGUGGAGAUCUCUGCUUGGCCUGCGGAGGGCGCUGCUUUAA